CUCACGAAGUUACAAUUGCCCGCCACUACACCAUUUUAAAUACUAAAUUCGUAUAUAAUUGCAUGAUUCCAUAUUGCAUGUGUUGCCCUCUUCUGUUCAAAUAUUCACCUAUUGUUUUGUUUAUCAUACAAGGUUAAGGAAGACAUUAAUGUUUACAAUUCCGUUCUAAUUAUAUGUUUUAUUAUUCUAAAAACAACAUAAGUACGAUUUGUUAAUAUAAGAAUACAAGAUUGUGUGAAAUGCAAUACUUCAUUGUUAAUAAUGAUCAAAUGAAUUGUUUGUCUUCACUUAAAAUAACAUUUUACUAUGAAGUAUUCGUCUCAAAUCAUUACAUCAUUAAGCAGUGAAUUAAAAUUGUAUGACGAACUAUUUAAUUUUAAAACAAGGAAAUGUAACCUAACCUGAACUACAAUCAAACAAGUGCGAAGAAAAAAAUGUAACAGCCCGUAUUUUUAUUUGGUUUUUUAAUUUUUUAUCCUGCAUAAGAGAUGACGAAAAUAAAUAUGGAAAAAUUAUUGUGAGCAGAGAUAAAAUGUAUUGUUCCAAGUUUAGAGUUAAACAUUUUAAAUAAUUAUCUGGAUAUACAAGCUGCAAAUUAUGCAGUAGAUAAGAAAAUGGAACAAAACAUAGUGUUAAUUAAUUCUCAUAAACAAAAUGGUCAGAUGAUAAGAAAAGAGACAGAACCCUGGUUUAAUGAACAGAAUUUAAAUGUGAACCAAGGACAGCUAGUAUCGCUUGACUCACCUUAUUAUAAAUUCCAAAAUAAUAUAGCUACUUCGGUUGGUAUGCCAACAAAUAGUCAAUGGUGGAGAGAAUCUUCUAUUAUGGAUGUAGUUACACAAUCAGAGUAUCAACAAGGAACAGCUGUUUCGUCCAGUUAUCCAUUAACAAAUCAUUCCAGGAGUACUCAGCUAUCAGAUCAGUUGAAAGAAGUAGAGAUAAAUGGAAAAAAAUCUAUAAAAUCUAAACAGUUAAAAAAAUCAAAAACAAAGAAAGAUAGUUGGGAACCUUUAAAACGUACAAAAAAUCCAGAACAAUGGAAAGUUAAUAUAAAAAAAAAUGCUAGGCUUAGAGGAGAAGAAUACAUUGGAGUUGGAGGAAAAAUAGUUCCAGCAAAAACAAUGGGACCGCCAUGUAAAUGUCGCAUACGUUGUUCGGAUAAAAUUGACGAAGCGGCUAGGGAAGAGUUGCAUAAUGUUUUUUGGAAAACGUGCAGUUGGGAACAGCGGAAACAAUACGUUGCGCUAUUGGUCAAGGAAUCUCCUAAGCAACGGACACGAUGUCGCGGAAACGUUAAAUCAGAACAUCGUAGACAAGUUACAUUUACUUAUUCUCUUUUAUUGAAAGGACAGUUUAUCACAGUGUGUAAGUGCAUGUUUCUCAGCACUUUUGCGGUGUCUGAGAAAUUUGUACGUCACGUAAUGGAUAAGAAACGGUCGUCUCCUGGAGGAGUCAUAGGACCAGACCAAAGAGGAAAACAUACACCAAAAACAAAAAAGAGCGAAAAUGUUAAAGAUAGGGUGCGUGAACACAUUAAAUCAUUUCCGACAGAAAAAUUAUCGGGUUCAAGAGAUUGUACAGCAAGAAGAUACCUAGACUUUAGAUUAAGUAUAGCCGCAAUGCAUAAACUUUAUGUAUUGAAAUGUAAAGAAGAAGGUGUUCCAGAAAGUGAUAUAGUUAAGGAAAGUUACUACAGAGAAAUGUUUAAAACAGAAUUUAAUCUUGGUUUUAAACUAUCAGAAUCUAAAGACGAUGAGCGGUUACCAGAUGCUAUUGAAAAUAAGAUUAUAACUAGUGAUUAAUAACGUCUUUAUUUUUAUUACAUACUGAAAAAUACUUUAUUCUCAAUGUUGCCAUAUGUUUCAGUUAGAGUUGUUUACGAGUAUUCUCUUUUGCUACUAAUACAAUACUCUUGUUGAGCUUGACAUUACCAAUUUUAAUACUAAGGCCAGCAUUUCAGCUUUUAAAACAGUAUUCAGUAAAUGGUAUCAAACAACGUUGUUACAUAACAAUAUAUUUGACAAAUGAUGAUUAAAAAUCUAUUAUAAGAGUACAAAAUGAUACAUAGCCUUUUACAUAUUGCAAUAUACAAGUCCAUAUAUUGUUUUAUAUUUUCUGUAGUCUUUUUAAAGUAUAUAAUUAUAAAAUGUUCUUUGAACAGGUUUCCAAAUAUAAUUACACGUUUUAUGCUAAAGCAUAUACAAAUGUUAAAUACAAAACAUAUUUACAUAUAUUUUUAUAUACUGUAACAUUCAUUAUAAAAUAUGCUAUUAUCAACACA